UAUGGAUAUGUGUUCAACUGUGAAUUAGUAUUGCUGAUAUUUGUUGUUUCUAUCUACUGAAACUCCUGUCUGCAUAACAAAUGUACCUUUCUAGGUUCUAAUACAACUACCUUGAGUUUUAAGGUGUUGCUAACAUAUGUCAAUGAAAUAGCUCAAUAAGAAAUGCUAAUUUUAAUCAUAAACUCUCUGAACAUUCUAUUAAUAGUCUCUUCUGAGCAUUGCAUCACCCAGUUUGAUCACAUGGGGGCAGUCUGCCUCACUUUAACACAAAGAAACUGUUGCAUAACACAUGGUACCUCCACAUGCACGAAGUCAGAUUGGCCUAACUCCAGCUGAAUAUCAGGGUUAAUCUGUUUACAUGCACCUUUGAUACCACGUGAAUGGGUCUGGGGUGCUAUUAAUAAACAUGUUAACAAAAUACUCCUGCACACAUAUGGGAGCCUUCAAGACAUAAAGCUUGUAGUUACGAAAUAGGGUUUACAAUGAAAUUAAAGUACUAAAAGUUUUAUUCAAGCAUCUUAAACUGGUUUCUAAAUAAUGUAGCAAAGUUUAUUGUGGAAAAAAAAUCCUGCUGAAUAUGUUCUGCAGAUUUUUUUGAGAAAAGCAGGAAAACUUUGAGCAUUGUCUUGUGGGCUUUUGAUUUGAUCGUGCAGAUUUUGCAGAUUAGUGGCUUCCUUGAACAUCUAACGCAGAAGCUUUGUAGUGAGUUAUGUUUAGCAUUUGUGCCCAAACAUCACAAAUCACCCAUGUGUUUCCAUGCAUGUCUGUGUGUGUCAUCCCCGUCACGAGAAUAAUUAUAUCCACAGCCCCCUGGCUCGGAGUAACAGCAGGGUUAGUUUGUUGUCCUAGCAAAUGGAUUUCCAUGGGAAAACAGACCCCAAGUCGCUGUCUCCCAUCACAGACACACUGAAAUUAUUUCAGGCAGGGGGUCCUCGGCACUGCUCCACAUUUAGGAGCCACAGCCUGUGUGAUUCACUUAGUUGGAGAGGUUUUUUUUCUGACACAACAGACGGGCAGCAGAGAGCUGUGGAUGGCCGGAUUCUCAGAGAGAGAGAGAUGAGAAAGAGAGAGCAGACUAACUCAACCGACUGUAAGAGGAGCAAGGUUGGCUGCUGUCUGUUUCUUUCUCUUAAUCCUUAAAUCUUCUAUAAUCAGGAUGAGAGGAGCGAGAGCAUGUUGCCUGACUUAGGACAUCAUAGUCUAUGUUGGGACCUGGAUGGAUUGCUGCAACCUAACUGGCCAGAUGGAGAGAUGGAGGGAGGGGGGAAGGAAUUCAGCUGGUGUCACUUUGGGAAACUUAAAGUUACUAGUUUCCAACAAGAGCCAACAGGAAGAGUGGAAGUCCAAUAUGAGGAUGGUUUAACCCCAAGACCAAAAGAGGAGGACUAACUCUUGACUGGACUGUUUAAGGAUGUGGGUGUGAUCCCAGGCAGAAGGGGGUCCAAUGGCCACUGCAAAUUACGACCCCCACCUGGGUGAAGGCCCGUCCGAGGACUCAGAGAUCCUCCUGGAUGAUUCUGACUCAGGGAGCGUCCUUUCUGAUGACUCAGUGCUUCCUGAAUAUGAAACCGAUGAAAAGCAUACAGAGCCGCCGAAAACACUCUACGAGGCUUGUGCAAGGAACGCCAGCGUAUCCCUACAAAGGAUCCUUGAGAGAGGAGUCACCAAGGAAGAGGCAACAGAGCUGGACAUCAACGGCAGGAAUGGUCUGAUGCUGGCUGUAGCUAAGGGCUUUGUAGACAUUGUCACACAGCUGCACGUGUGUCCAUACAUUGACAUCAACCACCAAGACAAUGAUGGCAACACUGCCCUUAUGAUUGCUGCCCAGGCAGGCUUCAUCACCAUUCUGAACUUCAUCCUUAACUAUUUUGCUGGUGUGGACACUGAGGUCAGGGAUCCACGUGGCUUCACAGCUCUCAUCAAGGCAGGCCUACAGGGCAGAGAAGAGUGUGUGGCGGCCCUGCUAAUGCAUGGUGCUGAUGUGAAUGCAAUGGACCUUGUUCAAGGCAGAGGUCUGAAGGAUUGGGUCUUAAGGACAGGAAGGUUUGAGACUUUUGUGCGACUGCGGCGCCUUCAGGCUCACCCAGUCGCUGAGCAGUUCUGUGAGCAAUAUUUUCCAGAGUGGCCUGAGCUGAAGCAACUGGUAGCAAAGGCUACAGCUACCAAAUCUGCCAGUCAGAAGCUGAGACAGCGCAUUAAAGACAGCCUUACUUUUAAUUUCCCUCAUGACCCCGAGGACAACGGGGUGUUUGACCACAUGGUACGGAUGACCACCAGCAUCCACAGCCCCCUAGUGUCCACUGGUUGCCGUCCCCUCUGUCCCGCCAGUCCCCCAGAGAUUGGCAAGCGCCGGUAUGCCAUCCCUGAACUGGUUGAAAAGUACAGCAUCAAGGAUUUAGAGGAGGGUACAGUGUCCCACAGUAAAGGCUCAAUCACCUCUGCUUCUCCUACUGCUGUUUCAGCCGCCUCUGUGUCUCUGACCUCCUGCUGCCAGGACUCAGAGCGCAGGGAGAGUGUGCCAGCAGGCGGCAUGAGAAGCUACAUUCCCCGCAACAUGGCGCACAGGAACAGCAUCUUCCCCUCCGGCUGUAUUCCUAAGAUUGAAGUGACAAAAUCUGGAGAGCCUACUCCAAAGAAAGAGAAGAAGAAAAAGAGGCAGAGGGGCUACCUGGAGCCUCCUGUGUGGAAGUACAAGGAGGCCAAGGAGGAGAAAAAGAGGGAGAAGAAGCAGCAGCAGGAAAAGGAAAAAGAGGAGAAAAAAUCUAAGGGGUCUAAAAGCUCAAAAUGAGGCGUUAUCUUCUCUCUCCUCAGGGAAUUUCACUGUGAUAAUGUCAUGCAUGGGAGAUGUGUUUAUGAUUGCAGACACUGUGGUUCCAGUUCUCACAGAAGUAAAAAGGAGCAGGGCAAAGCUUCUGAGAUGAGCAAAUCUAAACCUACUGAUGGAUUUGAACUUUGGCUUGGGCUGAACAUGAGAACAUGGGAGAAGUGUAGCGACUUCAAGGCUGAAACGAUGUAAACCAAAUGCUCUCUGUCUCUGAGCUGCACAAUGACAAUUUACAUAGACAUUACAUUGACCUGAUGUCUGAUCUACACUAAUAUUUCAGUUUGAAAAAAAAAAAAACUGAACAUUAAUGAGACUUACUCUUCUGUGAAUGAUUCCAAGUAGGGUGACAUCUUGUUAUUCAACUUCAAGAUAGCCAAAGCAAUAGCAAAUACUGUGUAUUUUAGUUACCAAAAGAAUGCAUGUGUCAUAUUGAAUGGAGGAAAACUGUCUAAACUAUCAACUUUGUGUUUGUUUGUUUAUAAGAAAUGCUUUAGGAGACACUGGAGACUAACCAACCUCAUAAGACUCUUGAACUCUUUAAAACGGGAGCAGCUGCAGAGUUGAUAUUGUUUUCUGACUGAUCGACUAAAACCACUGAGCUAAACAUCCAAGCUGCUAUUUUAUUUCAGUUAUUAUUUACUCUCAAAACCUACAGUCCUCCAAACACUAAGAGCCCAGCAAAGCUGAAGCUACUUUUAAGUUUACAUCUCUUACCAGAGUCUAAAAAAAAAAAUCGUUUGGUCAAUUUUAUAAUAUUUCAAGGCGAGUUUUAUGUAGCACUUUUCAUUCUUCUUUAAAGGUUAUCCAGUCACUGUUAAAUAAUCUUUAGCAUCCUUGGAGGCAUGUCUCUUCAGAUAAAAUUGUUUCGCCAUGACACGUGAAUGUUUGCAUUGAAGACAUAGAAAAGGGGCCUGAUUCAUACCCUGAAACAUUUUUUCUGAUGGUGAUAAAGACUCCCCACAAGUCGUUCGUCUAUGGGUGCUAUGUCCAAUGCAUGAUGGGCUGCUACUACAGCAUGUCAACUGCUGUUUUCAUUCCUUACAAAACUACAGCAGAUCUCUGUAGAGCUAUGCACAGACAGGUAAUACUUGUCUACCAUGUUACUCAGGGAGUCUUCUCUCAAUAAUGUUGGGUGUUAUGCCCUAAAAACAGAACACUACUCUAAUUAGAAAAAUAUGCAUUACCGUCUUCUAUGUAUCUAGAUACUAUGUAUUCAAUGACCUG